CUCUUGACUGAAGAAGAUCAGAAGAUCUUUAGGCAUUUAGAUUCUCUUGGAGUGGAGGAUCAAAAGGAUGUAAAGAUGGGCUAUUCCAUCAUGUUUAGUUUCAAUGAGAAUCCUUAUUUUGAAGAUAGAAAGCUAGAGAAGACAUAUACAUUCUUUGAAGAUGGAGCAAUUAAAAUUACUGGAACAACAAUCAAGUGGAAGGAUGGCUCGAAGUUCGUCGACAUUGCAAACUGUAGGCUACAGCUUCUUUGCGGCAAUCUUUAAUGUUGGUUGGGCUGCCACUCAGGUUUCACAUAUGUCUAUGGUUAAUUGUAUUACAUUGAACUCAACUAGUAGAGUGGCAUUGGCUAGCUGCCGCAAUGCUUUUAAUAUGGUUGCAAAUCUUAGUCUGUAUGCAGUGGCUUUGUUGGUGUUCAGUAUCACGAAGGCAAAAUCACAUACAGAUAUUGAAUAUCAGUUUAACAAGGAUCUACCUUCCGCAUUGCGCAAUAAAAGUUAUGUUUGGGAGCUAUCACUAAACAAAUGACUGCAAUAGAAGAAAUAGUUGCAAGUGAGUACAAUUAGCCAGACCCUCAUCUUUGUGACAAGAUCUUGAAGUUGGUCAUUUGUGAAGCGUUCUAGUUUACUAUUAGUUGCAGUUUUAGUUAUUGCUCUCUCAAUAUAUUCUUUUUCUUUCUUUCUUUUUUUUUUCCCAAAGGAUGAUCAGUGUAAUAAUUAAACUUCAUAAUUUCUUUGUGUUUGGAGCAAGUUGUAUAUAAAUGUACACAUUAUUAAGAUUUUAUUUUGUA